GCAGCUGUGAGUUCAGUGAGGGGUGAUUACCGCCACUGCUCCUUGCUGCCGCAUACUGCUGUUUCUCCUGGCGCUGCUGUUGAGGCCUAGCCCCCCCCACCCUCACCCCCCCAUGAUAAGAUAAACAGCGGGGCUUAUCUGUGAAAGCAGCGCAGUGUCUUAUGUGUAGUGGCGAGCUGAACACUGCACAGGACGAGUGACUCCACCAUGUCAGCCAUACCCCCUGAGCCCACCAAAGCAGAGAUUGAUCAGCUCCGUGCCACUGCCAUACAGAAGAUCGAGGCAGGAGGACCGUUUGACCCCCAGGAUGUUCGUCGGAUCCGCUCAGACGACAAGUACAUACGUCGUUUCCUGAUGCACCAUGACAAUGACCAGAAGCUGUCUCUGGAGAUGGUGAUGGACACACUCAAAUGGCGACAUGAGAAUCAGUGCAAUGCCAUCACCAAAGAGUCCAUACCCCAGGAGUUCUUCGACAAAGGUGCUCUAUUCAUCCACAACCGGGACAAGGACGGCUGUAAGAUGCUCAUUUUCUCUGUACGUCUCCACCAGAAGGGGACAUUGGAUAUGGAUCAGCUCAAGCGCUUCCUCAUCUAUUGGCUGGAGCGACUGGAAAGGGAGGAGAAAGGCGAGUGGAUCACCGUGUUCUUCGACAUGUGUGACACGGGAAUGAAGAACAUGGACAUGGAGUUUAUUCAGUACAUGAUUAACCUGUUCAAGAGUUACUACCCAUGGGUGCUCAACUACAUCAUUGUCUUUGAGAUGCCCUGGCUGCUCAAUGCAAUGUGGAAGAUCAUUAAGACCUGGCUGCCUCCCAAGUCCAUCCAGAAGAUCAAGUUUGUGGACAAAAAGUCAGUGGGGGAGUACGUGGCUCCAGACCAGUGCCUGACUGGGUGGGGCGGCACCGACUCCUACCAAUACCACUUUGAGCCUGAGGUGACUUCCUCUCCCUCUGGUGGCACCGUGCCCAACGGCGACAUCACUGACAACCGUAAGGUCCACUUUGCCGAGGGGAGUGCACCAUCCUCACCACUCCGAGGGAAGACUGUGUCGCGGCGGACAACACCUUCAACUGGUGGUGUGUAUGUUGACAUUGACCCCGGCGAGGAGCUUGUGUUUAGCAGCUGCCGCAUCGGUGUUACUGCCAGCAUUGUCCUCACAAACCCCACUGCCAACCCUCUUGCUAUUAAGAUUAAGACCACCUCCCCCGAGAAAUACCGAGUGAAGCCGUCAGUGGGUGUACUGGAGGGUGAGGGCCAGCUGGAGGUCGGGGUGACGGUGGGGGAGCAGCUGGCACCCUCGGCACUGGUGAGAGACAAGUUUCUGGUGAUGGCGGCUCCAGCUCCCUCCCUCGACCUAAGCUCCCAGGAAGUGUCUCAGCUGUUCAAGACUGUCAACAAGGAGGACCUGUUUGAGGCACGGCUGAGGGUAGGGGUGGCAGCGGAGGACACCAACACCUCCUCCCUUGCUUCCCCAGCCACACCCUCUGCAAUGCUGCCCCCUGAACUGAUCUCUAAGCUGGACCAGUUGCUGCAGAGACAGAGCGCCAUGGAGGAUCAGCUCAGAUCUGCACGGCGCAUAGUCUUCCUCCUGCUGGCCAUGCUCAUUGCUGUCCUGGUCUUCCUGGUCAUUGCCACAAACAAUAUGACCUCCACCCUCCUCAUGCACUCCACCGCACUCCACCAGGGGGGCAGGUCAGGUCACAGGGGGGAGUUAUAGCGACCUUGCUGCACCUCACAAGUUUGGUCAGCCUCUGGUGUGUUGCUGAAGUUGUCGCUUCCUUGUCAUGUUCCUUAGGCAGGGUUGGAUAAAGGUAUGUGUAUAUAGGGUGUGAUAUGCACUUUACUUUUCUUCCUUGUCUCCCUUCUUUUUUCUUCUUCUUUCCUCCAUCCUUUCUUUUCAUUGUCUUUCUUUUUGGCCUGUUUCCUUUUUCUUUCUUUCUUUCUUUGCAUUCUAUAAUUUCUUGUUCCUUUCUCUUCUCUUUCCUUCAUUCUUCUAUCCUUUUCUUAUCAUCCCUUUUUCCUUUCUUUCUCUUCCAUUCCCUUUACUUAUUAUGUUUUCUUAUUACCUCUAUCUCUUAUCUUUAUUUAACUUUUUCUUCUCCCUUCUUGUUUUCCUUCCUGGUUCUUCCUCUUUCCCCUGUUUAUCCUAUAUGUUCUAUCAAUUCUUCCUGCCAUUCCUGUUUUCACCACCUCCAUCCCUCCCUCAUCACGUAUUGACUUAAAAGUAUACAAGCGUUAGGCUCAAAUGUUAUGUACUUAACCUCCUUUCUCCACCCUUCCCUGCCUCCCUCCCUCCAUCCAUCCCUCCCUCCCUCCCUCCCUCCCUCCCUCCCUAUUUGAUUUACAUGUAGCAUGAUGUAGAGUGAGUUUUUCUACACACACAUAAUCUACUUAGUGAAUGUUUCCCACCAUAUGUCGUGUGUGUGUGUGUGUGUGUGUGUGUGUGUGUGUGUGUGUGUGUGUGCGCACUGUUGAAAAGACAAAAGGUAGUGUUACACAGAUCUAUUUUUGCAUCAGCUUAGUCUCAGUCUUUUCAUGUGGCUUAGCUCGGGGACUUGUAGCAUUCGAGGUGGCCUUGCCUUGCUAGGUUUUAUUAUUAUUGUUAUUAUCAUUACUUAUGAUGUAUGCAUUUUCAUUUCUAUCAGUUUUUUUUUUUAUUAUUAUUAUUAUUAUUAUUAUUAUUAUUAUUUUCUAUUUAUUUUCUUUUUAUUUAAAUUUUACAUAUGUAGAAAAAGAAGAUAACAUUAGAUUUUAAAAAGAUGUGGGUCUCCCAAACCAGUUGGUGACGUUUGAAAACUUGUCAGAAUAUUUGCUGGGUUUUCUUGCUUUAUUAGUUUUCUCCCUCUUCUUCUUCUUCUUCUUCUUCUUCUUCUUCUUCUUCUUCUUCUUCUUCUUCUUCUUCUUCUUCUUCUUCUUCUUCUUCUUCUUCUUCUUCUUCUUCUUCUUCUUCUUCUUCUUCUUCUUCUUCUUCUUCUUCUUCUUCUUCUUCUUAUUCUUCUUAUUAUUAUUAUUAUUAUUAUUAUUAUUAUCAUCAUUAUCAUUAUUAUUUCUGCCAUAUAGAUUUUAAUUUCACCAUUUCACUAUGUUCUGCUGUGAAAUGUUUCGGAUAACAUGUCAGUGUUUGUUAGCAGCUGUGUGUGCUUCUUUUUUAUCAUUGUUAUUAGUAUUGUAAUUAUUAUUUAUGUAUGAAUUUCAGUCAGUUCAAGUGUUGGGUUGAAAUGCUGGAGACGACAAGUAGCUAUGAGGAAGAGAACAUAUUAAAGUAGUAAGGCAUUUAGAACUUUGUGAGGAGACAUUAGUACAUGUAACACAGCUAGUCAGAUUGUUAGUCAGCAAAUUUGUCUGCUAGUAAAUCAUUUGGUUGGUUCAAUUAAUCAUUAAUUUUGUCAAUCAGUAACCAUGUUUUCCUCUUUGUAAGUUGGUCACUGUUAAGUUGUCAGUUAGGCAGUUUCUCUGUUAGUCAAUCAGUUGGUCCAUUAGUUUCCUAGUCAGUCAGUCAGUCAGUCAGUCAGUUUCUCAAAGUAAAUCAAUGAGAGAACAAAGCCGGACAUGUCUUCAGUUUUGCGUCACUCUCUCAGUUCUUACUUAUUGGACUAACAGUUCUCAUUCUUCUCAUCCUACUCCUCCAUAAUAGAAGCGUGUCCACCAUUGGGACUCAGACAGAUCUCAGCCACGCGGUUCUUCCCUGUGUUCUUUUUGGCUGCAGCACCAACAUCCUCAUUCAUUUCCUCCUCAUGACAAGAUAAUCUGGGAUGAUUUUAACUUUCUCAUCUUGAGUUGCUUCGUCAGUCAAUAUUUCAUCAACAUUUCUUGUAUCUGAUUCUGAUCCCACUUUACAUUUAUUUGUUUGUCUUGUUUAAGUGAUGAAUAUUCUUGAUUUGCUGCCGGGGUUACGCUUUCAUUAAUUGUUCUUAAAUGUAAUUAUCUUUUUUCAUCUUUGAGUGAUAAGUUUUCUAAAUCUCCAUCAUAAAAUUCACAUUUGUUUGUUAUUUUAUAUUCUGAGUAAUUAUGAACCCUGAUUCUUUGUAUUUAUUCAUUAUUUUUUUCACGGAGAAACAUUAAGCCACUCAUUGCGUACACAAGUUAUGCCUACAUGUGUAUGCUUUCCAUGGGGAACAACACUACAUAGGUUCACACAGCUUAUGUCUACAUGUGUACAUUACUCAUCACCAUUUUGGGACGUAGCAAGCUUGAAAUACAUACACGGCAUGAUUAUGUCUACAUGUGCAUAUAUAUUUUUCAGUACUGCACCGAAUACACAUAGCAUGUAUACUAGGUUUGGUAUACACAGGGUAUAUUGAUAUGUGCGCUUCUUCCAUUACGUACAUACAUACAGUGAAGAGUAGUGCUAUUUUGUAUUCCAUAUAUGUGUGUCUGUGUCACGUUGGUUUGAUAUACGACAACACACUUCAUUCAGUUAGAUAGUCAGGCAGGCAGGCAGGCAGGAAGAUGGUCAGUCAGGUGGUCAAAGAGUCAGACAGGCAGUUAGCAAGGAAGAAGAGUAGGUAGGUAGACAGAUAGGCAGGCAGUUAGUUAGUCAAUCAGUCAUUUAGUGAGUAAGUCAAGCAAGCAUUUAGUCAGUCAAUGAGGUAAGUAUUUAUCUCGCUAGGGAGUCAGUUAAGUAGGCUGUCAGUAAUACAUCCAGUCAGUCAGCUAUUCAGUUAGGUAGACACUUAUUCAGUCAGUCAGGGAGAAUACAUUACCAUUAAGUCUAUAAGUGAGUAACAGCAGUGUGUGAUAGAAUGGAAUUGUGAUUGGAAGUUCCUUUAUGGUGAUCUCUCUAUUGUAUGAUGCUACUUACCUGCUUCUUCCACCACCACCACCACCACCACCAUCACUACAACUACUACUAUUACCACCACCAUCACCAUCACACUUUUCCUGAGUGUUUAACUAAGGAGGAAGACAAGUAAACUAUUAUAAAGACAAAAAACUGUGUGCUUGCAUAUUAUAUAUUUAGGUGUGUGUGUGUGUGUGUGUGUGUGUGUGUGUGUGCAUUUAUAUGUGGCAUUAGCAAGGCCAGUAGCAGACAUAUAUGUGUGAUAAAUGUGUAACAUUUAUUCCUAACAAUAUAUAAAGAAUGGGGGAGUUGAUAUGUUGGAAGUUAUGUUUGGGGAAAUUUUAAAGCAUAUGUGAAUGUCAGAAUUUGUUAACACUUAUGCAGUAUAUGUCUACUUUUUUUUUGUACAUAAAUACAUACAUACAUUAUAUAUAUAUAAAUAUUGGAUGUGAUAUCAAGAACAGAGGAUUAGAUAUGGUGCAUUAUUUAUGUGAGAGAGAGAGAGAGAGAGAGAGAGAGAGAGAGAGAGAGAGAGAGAGAGAGAGAGAGAGAGAGGGGUGCUAUUUUAAAGUGAUAUACUCCGACCAGGGGAAUAUAUACUUAAGUACUUCUCCGUAUAUACAUAUAUAUUUAGGAACCAAUGCAUUUGGUCUAUGGCAUUUAUUAAUGUAAUAUUAUCCUACAAGUAAAUAAGCUUUCUGUACAACCAGAUGUGUGUGUGUGUGUGUGUGUGUGUGUGUGUGUGUGUGUGUGUGUGUGUGUGUGUGUGUGUGUGUGUGUGUGUGUGUGAUUUUUUACCUUCAUACUAUGUCAUCCUAGAAGUCUUUGGCACCUGUGACCUGCCUGACCUUGAUUAUGUAGAGUUUGAUUACAUGAACUUCCCUGCAAGCUACUUUCUUUAUACUGUGAUACCAGGGCAUUAGUGUGUGUGUGUGUGUGUGUGUGUGUGUGUGUUCAGUUUCAGCACAAUAUAUGUUUUGCUUGUUAUUUGUCAUGUAAUGCUUCUUCCAGAUCUGUCAAGUAGGGGUGUUUGUGAUGGCUGUGAAAACCAAGUACAGCUGUGAGGUGCAAUAUUGACACCAAGGAAUCUUAAAACAUUUUGGUGUCUUAACUUGUCUUUAAGUUAUCAGGGUUUUCAUGAUUCUAAUAAUAAUUUAACAGGGAUUUUGUUUUGUCAUUGGGAAAAACAAGCUAUAUUGGAAGUUGUUGUUUUCAAGUGUUUAUGAUUAUAGUAAUAAUUUAAAAAGCAUUUUGUUUUAUCAGUGGGAGAAAAAUAAGCUGUUGUGAAAGUCAUUAUUGUUUUCAAGAGUGUUUUUGUGAUUUUAGUAAUAAUCUAACUAGUAGUCUUCAUCAUCAGUAAAAAAAAACAUGCAGGAGAACUUAACUUUGAAAAUAGUUUUGAUGAAAGAACAAAACAUUUCAAAUUCUGGUUCUGACACACAGAUAUGUUCGCUACAACUGAAAACUCCAUCCAAGACGAUUCCAUCACAAAAAUUUCCUCAAAAAUAUUUCCGACAGAGCAAUUUCUUGCAAUGUGGUGUAAUUGAUCCUAUGUGAACUGUUAAGGGUGGAGUGUUGGUGUGGAAAAUUUAUCUGAAGAAAGUUAAAGUAUGUAAUUGCUAUGUAUCUGAUACCAAGCUCUCUUAAAAGACAUGCUCAACUUAUUUUGUAAGUUUGAUAGAAAAUAUUUGACUUUUUUUUGUAUAGUUUGAUUCCAGAUAAUGUUUGAUUCUCAACAUUGUGUAUUCACAUUUAGAAAAUUCUUACAUUCAUUAGUGACUUACUUCACUAUUUGCAGGGGAAAGCAGCCAGUGUGAAUGUAGAUACUUGACUUUAUAGAUGGACAAGGCUGCAGGUGCUGUGUAAUUCCCAACUCUUCACAUUACAGGGGACCAGAACUCUAUUACCUCCAGCCACCACUAACUUAUCCACUGUGUUAAAUGUUCAAGUGUAAGGUAUUGCUUAACUUAAAGCUUUCAUGUAAGUUUGACUGCAGAUACUGUUCAACUGUCAACGCCACACACAUGACGAAUGGCUCUUAGAAACUAUUACUUACAAAGUAACUUACGGCACCAUAUAAAGGAAAGUGUAAGGUCCGUACAUAAAGCUUCAUCGCUGUAGGUCCUAAGUAAAGUUUGAGUCUUCCUAGAGGAGACAAGUGAACCUCUCAGACACUUCUAAAAAUGUGCAUACUUCUGAUCUGUAAACCUGCUUUCCAUUCAUUUGUGUAAUGUGGGCAUGUGAGGGUUUGCUGCCUGCUCCCUGGGACUGUAUGUCGUGGGAGUCAGGAAAGAGGAUGGAAUGCUCAGCCUACAUUUUUCAGUUAUAAUUCUUGGCAUAGUUAGCCAUCGCUCCAUGUAUUAGGUUGAGAUUUCAUUCAGAAGCAACAGAAACAAGAUGCCACACUUUGUCUCAUUGUAGAAACAGGAAACAGUCCCCUUAUUAACUCCCUAUUCUCUGCAUAAAAUAAAAGCACAAUUGGUAAUAGUUACUUAUAUAUAUAUAUAUAUAUAUAUAUAUAUAUAUAUAUAUAUAUAUAUAUAUAUAUAUAUAUAUAUAUAUAUAUAUAUAUAUAUAUAUAUAUAUAUAUAUAUAUCAUAUGAUGAGGGUAGUUUGCACUGUAAUGGCCAAGUCUUGAAACUGACAGUGUAGUGUAGCAAGUAUUUACAAGGGACUCAAACUUGUCACUCAAAAUGCUGCAAGUGUGAUUCUUUUCCACAUCUUGACCUGACCUAAUCUUGUUAUGCCAGUCUCCUCCGCUGCAUCAAGACAGCAUCUCAAUAUUUCUUGUGGGUAAGCAGUGCAAGCUUGAAUGUUGAGAGAGGUGUGGCAGUAAUGACAAAAGACAGUAGGGAUCAGGACUCACUUGAGCAGGGAUGUGUGCCAGCAGACAAAUGCACAGCAUUAUAGUAUGCUACUUUCACCCCCUCUGUGUUAGCACCACCUCAAUCUGAAAUCCUCUGCUGUGAAUCUGCCUGUAAUCUGGUUUUGUAAGAUCACCAGCAGAUAAAAAAAAAAAAAAAAAAAAUCGAGGGAAGAAUGCCAAACAAUGUGAGUGAGUGUGGCAUGUCAUGUACUCUAGUUCUUGCCACAAGUGUACCUCCCCUGCAGUUCCAUCUUUCCUUUAGGGUGUUCAGUCCUUCCUGCAGGUGUGAUGCCCUAGUCAGGUGCAGUACAAAGGUGUAUCAUGUACAUGUGUAUGCAUGUGUGUGUGUGUGUGUACAUGCGCCAAGGUGUACAUGCUUAUGAAUUCUGUGCACAUACCCUUAUAGUCUCAUGGAUGUGCACCAGUUUAUGUACACACAAACCCUGUUAUGAAGUACACUGCUGUGUGUAUUCUGUGAUUACUAGAUGUAUGUGCGUGUGUGUGUACAUUCAGGGUGACAUGUCGGAAGUCCGUGUCUUUCUGCAGGAGACUGUUAUAAUUGUCUUGCCGUUACUUUAGUUUUGGGCAUCAUGGUGUUUUCAAGGCCAUGUGUAGUCCUUGUAUGGAUUCAUGACAAAUUAGGAAAAAUAAAUAUAUUCCUGUGA